AUCACUUUCUACAUGUUUAUUUUCUUCUAAAGUGAAAGAGAAACCCUUGCCAGAAAGCAAGAGUUUUUAAAGAAAUCUUGCGGGUGUUUAGUUUCGUUUUUGAUUUUACUGAGAUUGAGGAAACUGGUCCCAAGGACUGACACCGUCCUUGAUACCGGGUGAAAGCGUAAGAGUGGGAGCUCUGUGCUCUCCCCUGCUCUCUGCGGUGAAACUGGAUCAGGGCAGAGCAGAGGGACGUACAGGAGGCUUGUUUGCCUCCAAAUGAGCCAAUGAAAUCGGCUUUACAUUAGACUGACAGUCUGACUCGGCGAGCCCGGAGACGCCAUUCUGGUUUGACAACCGUCCGACAGCCAAUACGGAUCCAUGACGGACAGGAACGGAGGGAAAAAACAAAAUACGAAUUUGGCUUCCUGUGGGUGAUACGUUACCUGCCACCUGAGGAGCGGCAGAGUCCGUUUGAGGAAAAGGUGGGGGAACAACUAUCCAACAAUGGCUCUGUCGCAGUUCCUGGACGACUCGCCUCUGCGGUUGGGUCCAAAACACACCGGGGCCGAUGACCUGAACCUGCAGGAGGUGUACAACGAGAGACACCGGCUGGCCCUGGAGGAGCUGCUCUCGGGAGGGUACGACAACUUCCUGGACUUCCUCAGGAAAGAGAGAAUCCCCAACUUUCUGUCGGACGAUGAGAUCCAGCGGAUCAGGAGCGCCGCCGUGCCCCCGCGGUGUGUGUCCCUCCACGGGGAGGACCAGGCACUGGAGGAGUCUCUCGGCAGCUCCCUGGACUGCUCUCUCACCUAUUUCCCCGAGCUGUCGGACGUGGAGCCGCCACUGCUGGAGCUCGGCUGGCCCGCCUUCACCGCCGGUUCCUACCGAGGAGUCACGCGGGCCGUGGCGCACUUCCAGCCCAGCUACGGGGAGUGCAUAUAUGGGUGCAAGGAGGCUGCGAGGCGUAUGAUUAAAAGUGCCAGAGAGGUGAUUGCCAUAGUUACAGACUCCCUGACAGACCUGGAUAUCUUUAAGGACCUUCAGGAGGCAUGCACCCACCGCAAAGUCCCUGUCUACAUCCUGCUCGACCAAUCGUGUGCUCCUGCUUUCCUCAGUAUGUGCAGAAAUGUUGGGGUUCACCUGGAUGACCUCAGGCAAAUGAGAGUACGAACCAUAACUGGUACAACGUAUUACAUGAGAUCAGGAGCGAGGAUUACUGGGGAAGUUCAUGAAAGGUUCAUGCUGAUUGAUGGAAACAGAGUGGCUACAGGUUCCUACAGGUUCAACUGGACUGAUGGCAAACUAAACAGCAGCAACCUAAUCGAGCUUUCCGGUCAGAUAACGGAGAAAUUUGACGAGGAGUUCCGCAUCCUCUACGCCCAGUCUCUGCCUGUAAACACUCGAGGACCUCCGAGUGUCCGAAACAGUGGCAUAUACGAGCAUCUCCUGAUCAAACACUCAGUUACCGCCUCCCCUCGCCUGGCCAGAGAGAGACCUGUGGUGCCAGCGUGCCUGACCAGCACACCCAGCCGCAAGCCCCAAACUUCAGCUGUCCAGCCCUCAUGUGAAUCCUCAUCUCCAGAUUGUCGUAAAACCGACCCAGUGUCCGACUCCUCCACCAUAGGUGUGGACUGGACGGAGCAGCAGCACAUGCAGGAGGAGAUCCUGGCUGGGAGCACCACUCAGCGUUUCCCUGCAGAUCAGCUAGCAGAGAAAGAGCCAGUGACCCCCGUCACCUUCUUCUGCCACGCCUCCACUCAGACCAGCCGGUCAGAAAUGGACAGUGACACCCAGACUGACCUCCAGCUCACACAACGCACCGACCUCAUCGCACCAACAAGCACAGUGCCAAACCCGUCUCCCAGGCAGACCUCGCCCACCCAGGUAGCUCCAGACGGCACCUUAAGGGACUGCUUCCACAGGCUGGCCCAGGAGCGCCAGUACCACUACUCCACCAUCCGCUCCAAACUGGAGCACAUGGUGACCGCCCUGUCCCAGAGGCGAGAGUUAGCGGACGUCACCAACAUGACUCAGGGGCCUGGCGCUCACAGCAGGAAGAGGGUACACAAAGAGUGCGGGCAGCAACCAAACCCCAGACUGCUUGUUGAAAGUGCGGGCAUGGGCACAUGGCCAAGAGCCAGAUGUGUACACUAGUUUGUCCUCAGGGAUUUCACUGAUGGAGGGCAGUGGGGGAAGAUCUGUGGCAAGGUUUCUUCAGAAUGCUCUGUUUCAAAUAAAUGGUUUUGGCUUAUGCUGUAGAAUUCCAGCUUUCUUCUAUUUGUCUUCUUUUCUGCAGUGCCCACUUUUGUGCUUUUCAUGCUGGUCCUUUCCAUGUCAGAGCGGUUUUUCAUGUAAUGGUAAUAAUGCAGAAUUGUAAUUGACACUAACAUCUUGCAGAAAUUAUUAUUUUAACCAAAGACACGGUGCAAUAAUCAUUUUUUGAGCAUGUCAGUUUAAUAAAUAUCAUUUGCUGAGGCGGUUAACACUGGAUAAUGUCUGCUGUAGUAUGAGUGAAAAUGCAUUGAAGUGCUUGUUUUGGUUAUUUAAUCACAUUUGGCUGCUGUAACUGCAUCUUAACAACAUUCCAGAGAGCAGCUGGCUCUCACUGUGCUUUGCUAAUAAACAAAGUAGUAGUUUGCUA